AUGGUUAAUGUUUUCAAUGUACAAAUUUUUUUUAUUGUAUUUAGAGAAUGUUUAGAAGCAGUAGUUGUUGUUUCAGUUUUAUUAGCUUUUUUAAAACAAGGAAUUGGAAAAUCAACAACUGAUCCUAAAGUUUAUAAAAAAUUAAGAAAUCAAGUAUGGUUUGGAGCAGUUCUAGGGGUUAUUAUAUGUAUUAUAAUUGGUGUUAUAUUUAUUGCUUUAUUUUAUACUUUAGGUAAUGAUAUUUGGUCGAAAUCUGAAGAUUUAUGGGAAGGUAUAUUUUGUAUUAUUGCAACUGUUUUAAUUUCAUUAAUGGGUAUUGCAAUGUUAAGAAUAAACAAGAUGAAAGAAAAAUGGAGAAUUAAAUUAGCUCAAGCAUUAACUAAAGUACCUGAUGAUAAAAAGGAUAGAUUUAAAAUUGGUUAUUUAACUAAAAAAUAUUGUAUGUUUAUUUUACCUUUAAUUACUUGUUUAAGAGAAGGAUUAGAAGCUAUUGUUUUUGUAGGUGGUGUUGGUUUACAUUCACCUGCUACUAGUUUCCCAAUCCCAGUUAUUUGUGGUGUAAUUGCUGGUAUUGCAGUUGGUACUAUAUUAUAUUUUUCAGGAUCAACAGUUUCAUUACAAGUGUUUUUAAUUAUAUCAACUGGUAUAUUAUAUUUAAUUGCAGGAGGAUUAUUUUCAAGAGGUAUAUGGUAUUUUGAAUCUCAUGUAUUUAAUAUUCAAACUGGUGGUGAUGCUUCUGAAAAUGGUUCUGGUCCAGGUACUUAUGAUAUUGCAAAAUCAGUAUGGCAUGUAAAUUGUUGUAAUCCAGAAAUUGAUAAUGGUUGGGAUGUUUUUAAUGCAUUAUUAGGUUGGCAAAAUUCAGCAACUUAUGGAUCAGUUAUAAGUUAUAAUAUUUAUUGGUUAGCAGUUAUUGUAACUUUAUUAUUAAUGCUUUAUGAAGAAAAAACUGGUCAUUUACCAUUUAUGAAAAAUAUUACAUUAAGAUCAUUAAAUCCAAUGUAUCAUUUAAAAAAUAAGAAAAAACAUGAAUUAACAAAAGAAGAAAAAGAUAAAUUAUUUAAUGAUUUAAAAAAUGUUAAAUUUGAUCAAAAUGAAGAAGAAAUUAAUAGUGUUGAAGAUGAUGUUGAUGAAAUUAAAAAUGAAAAAAUUAAAAUUAAUGGAGAAAAAGAUGAAUAUAAAGCUUAUUAA